UGAAAUAGCCGCUCUCUUCCUUCCUCUCCUUGAAAUGAACACCACUCCAGUACUCCAGGUCUCUCGACUUUACUGUGACCAUUGCGACCCAAAUCAGUGUGUCGCAAACACUUGUCCCCCCUACCUCACACCCUUUCUUCGCCAGUCAUCAUCCUCCGUGGCCUAUUCCCCUGUCGAGCUGAUCAAGUACACCCUCCUUCACUUCCCCCAUAGCCCCGUCCACCCCACUAAUCAUGCCACCUCGGCGCUCCAACCGCACGGCCAAGGUUGACCGCACGGCUCCUUCCUCUACCUUUGUUCAACCAGAUUCCGAUGUAGUUAAGGGAUCCUCCUCCUCCUCCUCCUCAGCCACUACCAUCUCCAUCGCACCCACCACUUCGACUACCUCCAAGGCGUCGACCCCCAAGGCGUCGUCCUCCAAGGCGUCGACCUCCAAAGCCCGCGUGCCGCAGCUGAAGGCCACCGCCGUCAACAUCAAAACUGACACUAGCUCAAAUUUACCCAGUGGUUCACAGAGAAACCAGCUCUCUCCGACCACUUCCAGCGUGACGGAGUGCUCGGAUGGCCUCGAGUCUACUCAGUUUUGCAAGUUAUGGGACGGCCGCCAGUGGUGGUCGAUCUACUCGGACGGGGAACGCGUGCCGGACUGGCGGCUCCAGAACGCAGGGUACCAAAUCCCCUGUCAGUUCGCCAACCUUCUUACUGGAGCCGACGUCCUCGACUUUACGGGAGAGUUCCACUGGGCUGGACUGGCUUGCCCAAGUAAGCAGCUGACCAUCGGCCGCGUCAACUAUCUUCGCAUUAAGGCAGUUCCAAGUCGCCCCCAUAUCCGCCCCCGCGACCCUCUGAGGCUCGCCGACGCCGGUUGGACCAUCAAGUCCAACGCGCAAACAAUCGUGCUUCUCUGCUCCGAGUCGCAGCAGGUUCCCGAUCUGGACACCUUCACCGUUGCUAAACGGCGUGGAAUUCCCGCCAAAAAGCUCAAGACGAUUAAGCCGCGUUACCUCGGCGACUUUCUUGCCGGCAGCCAGCGAUACUAUGAGCUCGCCGUCGAACCUAUCGCCCGCGCUCGGCGCGUCGUCCUCCAUCUCGGGCGCAACAUGGCGCCACCGGAAGCGUACGAUAUCGCGGGGAACGCCGACGAGCUCGUGCUUGUCGUCAACGACCUCCGGACAGUGGCCCCGCGGCUGCUCGCCGACCUUCUUACCUGGGCGCUCAUCCCCGUGGCGUGGUUCCACCAAAAUAAUAGCAGCGCCGAGGAUUUUGACGCCGACAACUGGCAUCCCGUCGCCGGGUGCGAUAUGCGCGGCCGGGUCCCCCACAUCACGAUAGUGGGCUUCAGUCCUAUCUCUCACAAGCACAGUGCUGCGCUCAGCCAACGCUUUCACACCCCGUCCCAGCCCACUCUCGCGAGCUUUAUCGAGUCUUUCGGGGCGCAGACGUACGGCGUGGAUGAGCUCAAGGCCCGCUGCGAGAUCAUCGGGCGCAACGACUAUGCGGCUAAGAUCGGCGUCAAGGCCUUCAACUAUGAGAUGGGCGAGUGAGAGAGAUUGGCUGAUACUCGACGCAUGAGGGGCACACCUUCAAUUCGAACGUUUGCGUGUGCCCCGCCUUCUUCUUCCGACAACCCCUCCCACAUAUGCCUCUGAAUUCGCCUCUCAACACUGCACCUCAUGCGAGCGUCUCACCAUUACACCCCGGACACCGUGUGCCGUCUACUAUCAUUCACCACCUUUUGGGGGGCUCAAUGUCCCGGUAUUCUUCGAUCUUCCCUCUCACGAUGUUGGAUUGGGGCGUUCACC